AUGGUCUUUUACGCAGCGUCGGCGACGGCCGAGGACAACUUGGUCGCCGUCUUCUCGCCCGAGUUUCGGCCCGAGACCAAUACCAUCUCGAUGGACUCGUUUGAGGUUCUGAGGGAGAUUGGUCAUGGAUCGUUCGGGCAAGUCAACUUGGUACGGAAAAAGAGUAAUGGCAAGAUUUACGCCAUGAAGCUCCUCGACAAGCAGUCUAUUCUGGACACCGACGCUGUGGCCCAGUCAAAGGCCGAGCAAGCGCUGCAGAACAUCGCAGGCAAGCAUCCGCUCAUUGUCAACCUCCGCUUCGCCUUUCAGACCAACAAGCAUCUGUGCAUCGUCCUCGACUACGUCGGCGGAGGUGACUUGUUCGACCAUCUGAAGGUCGCUCGCCGCUUUGACGAGUCGCGCGCCCGGCUCUACGCCGCUGAGGUCUACGUCGGCCUCGAGUUUAUGCACUCGAUGAACAUUGUGUACCGCGACCUCAAGAUGGAGAACGUCAUCCUCGACCGCGACGGACACAUCCGCCUUGCCGACUUUGGCCUCGCCAAGGAGCUCUCCAAUCUCCAUCGGACGUCGACGGUAUGCGGGACGGCCGAGUACAUGGCGCCCGAGGUUGUCGACACCUCGAUCGAGUACGGUGUCGAGGCCGACUGGUGGUCGUACGGUAUUUUCGUCUUUGUUAUGCUCUUUGGCAAGUACCCGUUCUCGGCCAAAUCGCGCGCCGAGCUCAACGCCAAGGUCCUCACCAAGUCGAUUUCGUUCCCGGCCUCGGUCCCCGUCUCCAACGAGGUCAAGUCGCUCAUCCGCGGCUUGCUUCACAAGAACCCGGCCAAGCGCAUCUCCGGCCCUGUCAUCCGCGACCACCCGUGGUUUGCCGGAAUCGACUGGGACCGCGUCGCCAACCGCGGAUAUGACCCGCCGUUCAAGCCGACCCUCGAUCCCGAGAUCGAAGCCCUUCUCCUUGCCGCGCCGCAGCCCAAGUAUGACGCCGACGUCCUCCCGCCUGCAGUCUCGGUGUCUCUGCCGAACUCGUCGUCGCGCUCGGGCAAGUCCCGCUCGCGCCGUUCCGGCCGCUCCUCGCGCUCGCGCAGAAGACGGCGUCACCACUCGUCGCGCUCGUCGUCGUCUUCGUCGACUCCGCCCACGCCGCCGUCGUCGUCGUCAUCGCCGGCUCCGACUCCUGCCGCACCCGCCUCGACCACCUCCUCUGGCCGCCGCAAGCGCCGCAGGCGCCGCAAGCAAAAGUCGCCGUCGUCGUCUGGCUCGACCUCGCCGCCGCGCACCGUCUCGGCUGCUCAGUCGCCGUCGCCAGCCGCGAGCAAGCUCUCGGGCAGCCACUCAAAGUCGACGCCCAAUGUGACGGGCCAUGAGUCGCCGACGCCGUCGUCGUCGUCGGGCCGCUCCCACCGGCGCCGGCGCCGGCACCGAUCGUCCUACCGCGCCAAGAAGGAGUCGUCGUCACAGAGCAAGCCAGCAUCGGCGCCGGCGCCGGCUCCGCCCACCUCGGCAUCGGCAUCCGAGUCUGACGAGUACGACGUUGACGAUCCGCGCCUGCCCGACCGCACCGCCGUCGCUCCGCUGCCACCGCCGCCGUCGCCGUCGGCGGCUGCCAAGGCCGCGGCGGCCAUUGCACCGUCGCCUUCGAGCUCCUCCGGUCACCUCUCACUCAAUGCUUUUGCCGCCGCGGCGAGCGGUGACGCCGAAAGCAGGAACGGGCGGCGGCGUCGGAAGCGGCGCCACAAGCCGCUUAAGCCGUCGACGUCGACUAUUGACACCAACUCGAUCCGCGACCAGGCUGCUGUUGUGCCCGAGACCUCUGUCUUUAACCCCGACAUCUCGCGGCCGGCGCCGACGCCAACAGCUCCCGACGAUGAUGAUGACGACGAAGACACACCGCUGUUUUCGUCCGACGUCGGCGACGUUGUCGCCUCACACUCGACCAUCGAGUUCUCCGACUCGGACGUCUACGGCGCCGGCUACUCGUACGACGCCUCGCCGUCCGUCGUCACCGCCCCGCUCCCGGGAGUCACCGUCACUUCAGCAACUCCGGGGCCCGACGCACCUGCAGGCUCGGGCCCGCCACAUCCGCGGGCCGUCGCCAACUCGACCUACUCGUACUACUCUGGCGACGACGACGACGAUGACGAGCCCACGUUCUCCAUCUCGGACGAAGGUACACUCGCCGCACCUCGCCCGCGAACCACCGUCCAUCCCAACUUUCGCCCGCAUCCAGACGAUGAGUACUCGUCUACAGAUGUCUUCUCCUCUUCGUAAUACUUGUGUAAGCCGUACCAUCGUUCGCCCGCGUCACCACCGGCUUCCUGCCUCAACGUGAACACCAUAGUGCCC